AUGGGCAUCGACUGGAAUCCACGUCAGGAUGGCAUCAAAAAUCUUCCUGUCACAUUCCCUAUACUGGUUUCUUUGCCGUCUGCCAACACUAUUAUCAACCAGCUGGUCAAUGUCCAACUCAGCCUCCAUGACGAUUUCGCGUGUAUUACGCAGUGUCCAAACUACACAGUAGACGGAAAGUGUCUGAAUAACUGUCCACAAAAUAAACAUUUGUUCAUCAUGAACAACAAAAUGUGUGUGAAUAUAUGUCCAAGCACAACAUUCGCAUGGAAAACCACGUGUGUUAACAAAUGCCCCGAUAAUGAUGUGCAUUAUAAAUACGUUGUAACAAAUCCAUGCGCAGAUAUCUGCAACUUAAACGCAGUUGAUAGGUACGCGAAUUGUUAUGAACAUUGUACUGAAGAUAUGUAUGCAUUGAAUAAUUCAUGUCUUUACUAUUGUCCAUUGCCUUAUGUAUCGGUUAUGGGGUCAUGUUUAUUAUCAUGUCCACACAACCUCCCUUUCAAAAAUGCAACAACGUUAAAAACAAGAGAAUGGAGACAAAACAAAGACAACACGUGGACAUACUAAACAUACGAUAAUCACAUCGUCGAGUGCGUGUCUGAGUGCAAUCGAAGUGGGCGACCAUUAGAUUUUGAUGCAUUUAAGUGUGUAGAGGCUUGUCCAAACUCCAGUGGGUAUUUGCAAGACAAAGUAUGUAAGCCUAAGUGCUCGAAAAAUAUGGUUGUCAAUAAGGAUCC